AUUAGCUCUGCUGCCCAUUCGACCUCAAAAUCUCGCGUCUCUCUGUCUCUCUCUCUCUCUCGCUCGCUCGCUCGCUGUUGCUGAGACCUAAACGAAGAGCUUGCAUUGCCAUUGGGGAAGCUUUGGGUUCAAUCUAUUCAGUUGAAGUUGGAGAGUGUGCGAAAUGGCUGGAAUUGCAAGUGAGGAGUCUGCAGUCAGAAGGUCUUUUGAGGGGAUUUCAAGUGGACAGCGUUGCCAAUCUGGGGAAACUUUGGUGGAAUGGCGGUCGUCUGAGCAGCUGGAAAAUGGAACUCCGUCAACCUCUCCCCCUUACUGGGACACUGAUGAUGAUGAAUAUGGCGGGCCAAAACCUUCAGAGUUAUAUGGAAAGUAUACAUGGAAGAUAGAUAAAUUUUCACAGAUAAACAAGAGAGAACUUCGUAGUAAUGCGUUUGAGGUCGGCGGCUACAAAUGGUACAUACUGAUUUACCCUCAAGGCUGUGAUGUCUGCAAUCAUCUAUCCUUGUUUCUUUGUGUUGCUAAUCAUGACAAACUUCUACCUGGAUGGAGUCAUUUUGCACAGUUUACUAUAGCUGUGGUGAAUAAAGAUCCUAAGAAAUCCAAGUACUCUGAUACAUUACACCGAUUCUGGAAGAAAGAGCAUGAUUGGGGAUGGAAAAAAUUUAUGGAGCUAUCUAAAGUGUUAGAUGGGUUUAUUGAUGCUGAUACUCUCAUUAUUAAAGCUCAAGUCCAAGUUAUCAGAGAGAGAGCAGAUCGUCCAUUUCGUUGUUUGGAUUGUCAGUACAGGAGAGAACUUGUCCGGGUAUAUUUGACGAAUGUGGAACAAAUUUGUCGCCGUUUUGUGGAAGAGAGAAGAACCAAGCUCGGGAAAUUCAUAGAAGAUAAAGCUAGAUGGUCGAGCUUUUGUACUUUCUGGCUGGGGAUUGACCAAAAUUCUAGGGGCCGUAUGUCCAGGGAGAAAACCGAAGCAAUUUUGAGAGUUGUGGUGAAGCACUUCUUUAUAGAGAAGGAAGUCACAUCUACCUUAGUAAUGGACUCCUUGUACAGUGGACUAAAGGCUCUUGAGGGCCAGACCAAGAACAAGAUGGGUAGGGGACAACUACUAGAUGUAGAAGAACUGCCGGUUCCUAUUGUUUGCAUAGACAAGGACAUGUUUGUUUUGGUGGACGAUGUACUACUGCUAUUGGAGAGGGCUGCGAUUGAACCCCUGCCUCCAAAGGAUGACAAGGGUCCUCAGAACCGUACAAAGGAUGGGAAUUCUGGAGAGGAUUUCAACAAGGAUACCAUUGAGCGAGAUGAGAUUCGUCUAACUGAACUGGGUCGUAGGACUAUAGAAAUAUUUGUUCUGGCCCAUAUAUUCAGUAAAAUUGAAGUUGCAUACCAGGAGGCUGUUGCAUUGAAAAGGCAAGAGGAGCUCAUCCGUGAAGAAGCAGCCUGGCUUGCUGAAAGUGAGCAGAAGGGAAGACGGGGUGUGGCUGAAAAGGAAAAGAAGUCAAAGAAGAAGCAGGGUAAACAAAAACGAAAUAAUCGCAAAGGGAAGGAUAAAGGAAGGGAUGACAAAUCCAGUGGUUCAGCCCAAAACAAGCUUCAACAAGAAAGCACUGCUGAUGAAAGAAAAGAUUUCACUAUUGUGGAGGCAGAACCUGUGCUUGAAAAGCCUGAUGUACUUGGAGAUGUUUCUGAUUUGUCUGAUUCAAAUCCUGAAAUUCUUCAGCCUGAAUCAGAAGACAGAGAUGCUAGCCCUGCCAAUUGGGAUACUGACACAUCAGAAGUCCAUCCUCCCACAGAGGCUAGUAGCAGUGGUGUAACUGGCAUUUCAUCAGUACAAAAUGGAGUGAGGGAACGAAAUAGUCCAUCUACAGUGGAUGAUAGUUCAUCAACGUGCUCCACUGACUCAGUUCCUUCAGCAGUAACGAAUGGGCCUUAUAAAGGUAACUCAUCUCCAAACAAAAAAAGCCAGAUGUCACCUAGCAGGGGAAGGAAUCAACGAGGCAGGGCGAGUAGUGAUGAGAGUAGUUGGGCCAGUGAAGCACUCAAUCUGCAAUCAGAAGCUACAAAAGAUGCCACACAGGAAUACAAUACAUUUUUAAAUUGCAAGGCCAAGUCUGAGUCAGAGGUGGUUGUACUCUCCUUGCAGGAUACAGUAAAGGGUCUUGAGCACCAUGUGGUGAAGGAAGAAGCAGCUGUGUCUCUGCAAAGAGAUUUGAAUGUCACAGAUCAAGCUGAUGCCGAGAGUCCUUCCAGAGAGAAAGUGACAGAAGUGCCUUCCUCGCCCAGCAGCUGUUCCAAAAAUUUGCCUUCUGCUGGUCAGGAAAAUUUAGAAUCAAAGACUGCUAGUGCCCGUGAUCCUGUUCUAGUUAGGAAACUUUCAGACGGUCUAGAACAAGCAGAGAGAAGAGACAUGCUAGUAAGUGCAGCUGAUAUCACAGUCACCUCAAAAUCUGAUGCCCAUAAAGCUGCAGCUCCAAGACCAAUUGAAAAACUCUCUGUGCAACAAGUGGCUGCCGUGUCAAGGUCAUUAAGUUCUCCAAUUGGUCCAGGACCUCGCCCAACUGCCCCAAUUGUUUCGAAGGUUCAAACUGCACCUCUGCUUGCGCAUUCAGUGAGUGCAGCUGGGCGCUUAAGUGCUGAUCCUUCACCUGCGACCCAUAGUUAUGUUCCUCAGUCUUAUCUAAAUGCUAUGAUGGCUACUGUAACUUCGGCUGGUUUCUCUCAACCUCCUCCCUCUCCAAGUUCUGUGGUAAACCCGUUACAGUCAUUUGCACAGCCAUCAAACUUGAUGCCUGCCCCAUUUUUUCUGCCCAAGAGCUCUGAGAGGAUGGAACCAAACUCAGUAAAACCGAGCAUUUCAUUUGGAAUGGUAAAUCAUGACGUGUUGCAGAAUGGACGCCAAUGGAUGGAGUGCCCUCAAAGAGACAGCAAAAAAAGCGUACACUAUGAUCCUGGUUCCCUGCAUGAUGAUAUUCGUAACAUUGAUAUCUUCAAGCCUGUACACGGCAGAUCUCAGGAUCACUUAGCUAUGAAAAUUCCAGCAUCAACAUCUAGGCGUCAGGCCCAUGGUUCACUGACUGAUGAGUUUCCACACCUCGACAUAAUCAACGACCUGCUUGAUGAUGAACAUGCAGCUACAGCAAGCACAAGCUUUCAAAGUUUCAGUAGUGGACCGAAAUAUCUGAAUCGGCAGUAUACUUUCCCUGGGGAUAUUGGUAUGUCAAAUGACAUUGUCCCCUCAACGAGUUCUUGCAGAUUUGAGAGAACACGAAGUUACUGUAAUGAUGGUUUCCAGCAUAGUUGUGGCUCCCUCGGCGGUCACGUGGACUUGCUGGAUGAUAUGAUAUCCCAAUCAAGCCCACAGUCAUAUGCCAAUGGGCAGAUUGAUGGGUUGAUUCCAAACUACUGGCAGCUGGCUGGUUCUGAUCCGUCUUUCCUUAGAAUGAGGAACCCGGAGGGAGAUGGAUACCCGUAUCAUAUCCCCGACUAUUCAAGCCUUGCAUGCAGUGUUAAUGGAUACAAUAUGUUCCGGCCUUCGAAUGGGCAUUGAGAACGAAUAUGACAAAGAUUGCCCGUGAAUGAUUCGGGGCUAUUUCACUAAUAAUGUGUCCAGGGAAAGUAUUAGUCUCUCUAUAGAUUUGGAGUGAAGUUGUGGUAAGAGUUAACAUUUCAUGAAUGAGUGAUUCUGUUUUACUUAUUUCCAGCUUUAGCUGUUUAAAAUUUGGCUUCGCAAUGUUCUUGGCUUUGGGAACCUCUAGCUCAAUUUUUGUUUUCCCCAAGUUCUAUGAAAUCAGAACCACAUUUUAGGUGGUUGUGGGUAUCAA